CGCAGACUGCUGCUACCGCCGCUGUCUGCCUCCGUUCACACCACUGCUACAUCCGAGGUAUGACUAUCAUCUGGUACACCUGCUGAAGACCUCUGCCCUCCUGGACAAACACAUGGACACAGACACAUCUAGACAACAUGGGCUCCAGACUAAGACAAAACCCUGAGCGAACGUUCUACUGGUUCUUUGAAGCAACUUGUCCUGUAGCCAGAGACAAAGAUCCUGGUGUCCUGUUUCAGUUUCCAGAGGACUUCAGUGAUGAGGAGUCUUGUCAAACAUUACCCAGGUUCUGCUUCCCGUAUGACAUACAAAGAGCGAGGGAGGGAGUGGCCGUGCAGCACUUUACUUUUGUUUUGACUGACCUUGAAGGAUGCCAGCGGUUUGGCUUUUGUCGUCUCGCCAACAGCACACAUACCUGCCUGUGCAUACUCAGUUAUCUUCCCUGGUUUGAAGUGUUUUACAAACUUCUCAACAACUUGGCUGAUUGCCUCUCAAAAGGACAGACCAAUGAGAUGAAAGCACUGCUGGCUGCUCUCUACAAGCAGCCCUUACCACUGGCAGCUGGGUCUGUCACUCUGCAGAUGGGAGAGCAGCUAUUGGUCAGCACAGAGGUGUCUCAUCCUGUUGGACACCCAGAGGGACAAGAGGGGAUUCCAUAUUUCAUCGCUCCAGACCCCAGAAGUCUCCCUUCCAUCCCUGAAAAUAGGAACUUGACAGAGCUGAUUGUGGCAGUAGAUGUUGGGAACCUUCUCCAGCUCUAUGCCAGCAUGCUGUUUGAGAGACGCAUCCUCAUCUUUGCCAGCAAACUCAGCACACUGACAUCUUGUGUGCACGCACUCAGUGCUGUGUUAUACCCCAUGUACUGGCAACACAUCUUCAUCCCUGUCCUCCCACCCCAUCUACUGGAUUACUGCUGUGCACCUAUGCCUUACCUGAUAGGGGUCCAUACCAGUCUAUCUGAGAGGGUGAGGAGUCGUGGGUUGGAGGAAGUCGUAAUUCUGAAUGUGGACACAAACACUCUGGAAACCCCCUUUGACGACAUGAAAAGGAUACCUUCAGAUGUGAUGUCCGAGCUGAAGGUGUGUUUGAAGCGUCAGGCGGUGUCUCCUGGCUGUGGUGUCUCAAGGGCCUUCCUGAAGGCUCAGGCUCUGCUGUUUGGAGGCUACAGGGACGCUCUGCAGGGUCACAAGGAGGGUGAGAUGUGGUUCAGUGAGGAACUGUUUCUAGAUCACAAGUCUGCCAGUAUGAGGCAGUUCCUGCAGAGUGCCAUUCAUUUACAGUCCUUCAAACAGUUCAUUGAUGGUCGCCUGGAUAUUCUAAACAAAGGGACGGAACCAGACGAUCUCUUUGAGGAGGAGAUCCUAAAGUGUGAAACAGCUGCAGGGAGAGGCAGAUCUUAUCAACAGCUAGUUGGUAAUUUGAAGAAAGGGGGAGGAGCCCUCAUCCUUAACAUGAAGUCCAAAGCAAACAUGAGGGCCAAAGGUCUCACCAAGUCUGGGUUGAAAAACCUGCUGAUGCACAAGGUCCACAAUGACGAACACUCCCUACAAAGGGGAGGAUCUAUGUCACACCGCCGUGCCCAGUCUGACUGCUUGCAGAACCGCCUGCCAAUCACACAACACUUUGGGAAGUCUCGCCCCCGUCGGCCUGCUCACAAACUUAGGGCUCCCAGAGACGAGGAGGAUGUGCAGGACAACAGAGACACAUGGGAUGGAGCUGUGUCUGGCCCCGUGGUCGAGCCUGACUCUGAGCUCCAGAAGGAUGAAGAAGAAGGGGAAGAUUCCAUGCUAUGUGACUCAGAGGAGAUGGAUCUGCUGGGGGAGAUCUUUGACACGCUCAGCUCCCGGAGCUCCCACGACCGCGGCCUGCUGUACGGCACACGUAGCCUGGAUCUUUUUGGACCAGACAGCCAUGACUAUAUCACAAAGUGUGGUUUUCCAGCCAACCCCAGCCAGGAGAGCCUGUCCCUGUCCAUCAGCGGCAGUGGCAGCCUGCACAGCUGGAAUCUGGAAACCACAGAGGAGCUGUCAGACCUGACGGAAGACUCUGAUUGCCUGGACACCAGCGUGCCAGAGAAGGAGGAGACAGAGAGUCUGCAGGCAGCGUGUGAAAUAGAGGAGCAAGAAAGCAGACAGAGGGAGGUAGGAGAGAAACAGGAAGAAGUGAAGGUUGCAAUAAAUGGGAAACAAGAAGAAGAAGAAGAAGUAUAUGAUGGAAAUAACUCAGAGGAAGUGAAAUUAGAGGAAGAGAUAGAGAAAAGGAGUCAAGAAAAGAGAGUGAGUUUAGGAGAGGACCCUGUGAAAGAAAUGGCUGAAAAGUGUGAGGAUGACGGGUUGAAAGAAAAUCAGGAAGAUCAGCAAAGUCAGAGUGAGGAGAUAGCUGAGGGACAGGAGAAGGACGGAGCGAAUGAAAUGCAGAAAGAUGAAGCAGGAGAGGAAGAGGGAAAAGAGCAGCAGGAGGAGAAAGGUAAAGAGGUGGAAGAAUCUUUAAACAAACUAAAUCAUCCCAAUGAUGAGGAGCAGCAGCAGCAACAGGAGGACAAUCUGAAACUCACAGCAUCUCCAGGGCCCCAAAGUCUCAUCAUUGACCCUAAACCUCCAGCAGGUCAGGAAACAAAGAGUGAAGAAGCAGUGAAAAAAGAGGAGCAGAAGUUGAAACAGACCCCCACUCCUCCUAAAGUGCUUUCUGCUGUAGCACACUUCCAGUCUCAGGCGCAUAGCCAGAGCUUUCAGGUGAAGUCCAGGACCAAGCCACUGGCUGAAUCUGGGAGACCCUGCAACACGCUUUGGAGCAGAGAGAACGCACAAACUCACCCGCCAUGUGACUUGAAUGUAUCGGAAGGGAAAAACCGCUCAGAGGAGCACGAGGAGGAGGAGGAGCUGCCUCUAAUCAAAGUGUCUGAACUUAAGAAGAGAUUUGAAGCUUAAAGGACGGGGCUGGUGAGAUUCUAGUUGGUCUUACUUUCAACAAAUCCAAUGAAAAUACCAAAAUGAGCAAAGUCUGUCUCUCAGUACUUGCUGGUUUCUCCAGUUUCUCCUGCCUGUGUGUGACUCUCAGUCCCAAGCCCAUUGGCUUCUAUUGUAGAUCUUUGAAAAGGGGACACAAGCAAGGCUGUAGUCAUGUUGCCAAUGUUGUU